AUGCAGAGUACCGAUUCCGCUUCCAGCAUCACUGCACCUACCCGUAGUCAGAAGUACUACAUCGAAGAAGGUGACCUUGUCGUUCGGGUGGAGGAUACACUCUUCCGCCUACAUCGCUACCAUAUCAAACGAGCUGCCCAAAGCGAUUUGCUGGGCUCGAUCGAUUUCAGCGACAUGGGUAUAGGACGAGACGAUGAUGCUCCGUGCAUCCUCACCGAUGUGCAGCCCGAGGAGUUCGAAAGCCUCAUGUGGUUCUUCUACGAUUCCGGGUACCUCUGGCCCCCAGAUGUUGACAGAAGUACUGAUAGAAUCAGCACCUGGAGGCGGAUCCUCAGCCUCGCUAAAAGGUUCAAGAUGCGCCAGGUUGCGAUGGUGGCCUGCCAUGCUCUGGGACUGCUUGGAGCUGUCAGCGGCAUCGAAAGGAUUGUACUAUGCGCGGAGCACGGUCUGAACGCGACGUGGGCCAGGGAGGACUCGGGAAGAAUCAUCGCCCGCGAGCAGCCUAUAUCCGCCGAAGAAUUCGAGUUGCUCGGAUUCGAAACGGGUGCCAAGAUUUCUAAUGCGCGAGAGGCGCUUGCCAAGGGCGUCACCAGGGCGAGGAGUACACCGUGCGCUUCUUCAAACCACCUGCCGCAUUGCACGAGCUGUGGCUCCUCCGAAGUCGUCUGUCUGAUGCGAAUGCACGUCUGCAAGAACAGACAUUCAUACUUGCAUUACUCAGAGUGCCCGACGUGGGGGGACGUAUACCCAAGCGUGUACAACUCGACCUUGGACGGAUUGAGCCUUGGAACGCAACCAGAUCCAGAAUUCAACGAGAAUCUGCGAACCUUCGAUGGCGACGAUAAAGGUGGAGAUAUUUACAUUCGGGCCGAGCCUGAGGGUCGAACCUUCCGCCUUCAUCGUUAUCUCCUCGUCAAGGCCUCUCCAGUCUUCGCAGACAUGUUCUUGCUCCCGCAAACCGACGACGGAGAAGACAUCGAAGGCUCGUCGGAGCAUAAUCCAAUCACCCUGCAGGUGAGGGCGGACGCACUCGCAGCGCUCCUCUACUUCUUCUACGAUGCCGCGCAGCCUGAACCCGUGCAGAGCGCCACCGCGCUAUGGGAGCUCAUCCUCCACACGGCGGACAUGUUCGACAUGGAGGCCGUCAAGCAGACCGCCAUCUAUGCGCUCAGCCGCGAGGGCGUUAUCCUUUCGAACACCCGCAGAGUCUCCCUAUGCAUCAAGUACGCCCUUCCGAGGACCUGGGCACGCGCAGCCUUCCAGGAGAUAUGCGAGCGAACGGAAUCGCUCGCGGCAGGCGAGAUUGAGGAGCUGGGGCCGAUUGCAUCGGCGGCGGUAUCGCGGGCGCGUGAAGAAUAUAUUCGGGGGACCAACAUAACUACUGAGGUUGAGCCUCAGCUUGAUAUAGAAGUGAUAGCCUACACCGUUCUCGGAUAA